GCGCGCCGACGAGAGCAGCUGAGGCUGUUCAAUGAUUGCAACGCUCCGCCCCCCUCCCUGCCGCUGCCACUGCUACUGCUCCUCCCCCCGCUGCGGCUGCGGCUGCGGCGGCUGCUGGACAUCCAAAAGGCCGCCAUGGACGUGCUCAACCAGCUGGUGGCUGGAGGUCAGUUCCGGGUGGUCAAGGAGCCCCUGGGCUUCCUGAAGUUACUGGAAUGGGUCUUUGCCAUUUUCGCCUUUGCUACUUGUGGUAGCUACACAGGGGAGCUGAAGCUCAGCGUGGAAUGUGCCAACCGGAGUGAAAGCCAGCUCAGCAUCGAUGUGGAGUUUGCCUACCCUUUCAGGCUGCAUCAAGUGUACUUCGAUGCCCCCACCUGUCAGAGCAACGGUGCCAAGAAGGUCUUCCUAGUGGGUGAUUACUCCUCUUCUGCUGAGUUCUUUGUCACUGUGGCCGUGUUUGCCUUCCUCUACUCCACAGGCGCCCUGGCCACCUACAUCUUCCUCCAGGACAAGUACCGAGAAAACAACAAGGGCCCCAUGAUUGACUUCUUGGUCACUGCAGCCUUUGCUUUCCUGUGGCUGGUGAGCUCCUCUGCCUGGGCCAAGGGCCUGUCUGAUGUGAAGAUGGCCACUGACCCAGAGAACAUCAUCAAGGGUAUGAGCAGCAUCUGUUCCCAGCCCAGUGUGUCCUGCAAGGAGCUGAGGGAGCCUGUCACCUCAGGCCUCAACACCUCCGUGGUAUUUGGGUUCCUCAAUCUGGUCCUGUGGCUGGGCAACGUGUGGUUUGUGUUCAAGGAAACUGGCUGGUCUGCACCAUUCCUGCGCCCACAGCCCCCUGCCCCAGAGAAGCAGCCUGCACCCCCAGGAGAAUCCUAUGGAGAGGCUGGCUAUGGGCCCCAGGGUGGCUACCAGCCUGACUACGGGCAGCCAACAGGCGGCAUGGGAGGCUAUGGGGGCCAGCCCACAGAUUAUGGCCCCCAGGGAGCGCCCACCUCCUUCUCUAACCAGAUGUAGGGCUCUGGAGGCAGGGGGUGGGGGUGCAGGAUCCAGGAGACUUCCAACCAGCUAUGUGCAUUCUCUCUCUCUCUCUAGGCUGGGAUGGGGGGGAGUGAGACACUCACCUGUGCCACCUCCUACAGGAAGCCCUCUGGUGUGGGCGAGUGCACGUGUGCCUGUGUGUGUGUGUGCAUAGUAGGGAAUAUCAGAACCUGCCUAGGAGCCCCAAGGUCAAAUUCCCGCUGCCCUCUCCCACCCUGGGGGUGAUCUAGUUGUCUUUGAUGUUUAUAUAGAAUACAUAUAUUACAGAGAAAGAUAUAUUAUUUAUCUGUCUGCAGAUCCCUCACCCACUCCUCCCCCAAAAAUCCAAUGCCCAUCUUAAUCUGGGGAACGGGAGCCAGACCACCAACCAGGCGACCCUCCCUAACCCAGACCCUUCCCCACUCCUUGUGGUACUAUCCUUCCUUCUUCAUCUCUUUCCUUCCCUAGAGGUGUAGACUAAGGGGGCUGGGAGGGAGCAGGGACCCACACCUCCUUGGGAUCAGGGCUCAGAACACAGUCGGGGGAAGGCUCUUUGAAGCCCCAGUCAUGAGCACACGGUGGGCCCGUCAUGAAUGUUAACUUGUCGGUCAGGAUGGGGAGAGGCUUUAUAAUGGAGGCAGGAGGCAGAGGACUGGAGGGAUAGAGAGGGUGGGCUGGCUGAUCUCUAGAGGGCCUCAAGGGGAAAAGGUAGGGAAGGCUUGCUGGCCCCACAGGCUUGAGAAGGCCCUGUCCGAGGGGCAGCCCUGACUGCACCGACCCCUAUCUCCUGGCUCUGCUCCCCUCCUCUCCUCCCCCCAGAUCCAAUCCCUCCCCUUUCUCCACUACCCUCCUGCAUCUGUGAUUCCUGGUGGUGCCUGUGCUGUGUGUCUCUAUUUUGUCCAGCUUUGUGGUCCUGCUCCUUCCCACCUUGCUACCCCUAAUCCUUCAGGGAAAAACUAGGCCAUGGAUCCUCUCUCUCUUCCCAUCCCCUUUAAAUAAAAGGUACCAAGCCCAUCA